CGCGUAUGGCGGAAGUGGCUGUGCGUGUGACGCCGGCGGCGGGGGACCUGGGGCAGAGAGCGGUUCGCGCGCUUCGGGCCUAGUCCGGACUCGCCACCGCCGCCGCCAUAUUCCCGUGGCAUCUUUCUUACCUUGUCCAUUUUCUGGGCUCGAGAUCUUCCUUCCGGAGCCAUGUCAGAAGGAGUGGACUUGAUUGAUAUAUAUGCUGACGAGGAGUUCAAUCAGGACCCAGAGUUCAACAAUACAGAUCAGAUUGACCUGUAUGAUGACGUGUUGACAGCCACCUCACAGCCCUCAGAUGACAGAAGCAGCAGCACUGAGCCGCCACCUCCUGUUCGCCAGGAGCCAUCUCCCAAGCCCAAUAACAAGACCCCUGCAAUUCUCUACACCUACAGUGGCCUGCGUAAUAGGCGAGCUGCUGUCUAUGUGGGCAGUUUCUCCUGGUGGACCACAGACCAGCAGCUGAUCCAGGUUAUUCGCUCUGUAGGAGUCUAUGAUGUGGUGGAGUUGAAAUUUGCAGAGAAUCGAGCAAAUGGCCAGUCCAAAGGGUAUGCUGAGGUGGUGGUAGCCUCUGAAAACUCUGUCCACAAGUUGUUGGAACUUCUGCCAGGAAAAGUUCUUAAUGGAGAAAAAGUGGAUGUGAGGCCGGCCACCCGCCAGAACCUGUCACAGUUUGAGGCACAGGCUCGGAAACGUGAGUGCGUCCGAGUCCCAAGAGGGGGAAUACCUCCACGGGCCCACUCCCGAGAUUCUAGUGAUUCUGCCGAUGGACGGGCCACACCCUCUGAGAACCUUGUACCCUCAUCUGCCCGUGUGGAUAAGCCCCCCAGUGUGCUGCCCUACUUCAAUCGCCCUCCUUCAGCCCUUCCCCUGAUGGGCCUGCCCCCACCCCCAAUUCCACCCCCACCACCUCUCUCCUCAAGCUUUGGGGUCCCUCCUCCUCCUCCUGGCAUCCACUACCAGCAUCUCAUGCCCCCUCCUCCUCGAUUACCUCCUCAUCUGGCUGUACCUCCCCCUGGGGCCAUCCCACCUGCCCUUCACCUCAAUCCAGCCUUCUUCCCCCCACCAAAUGCCACAGUGGGGCCUCCACCAGAUACUUACAUGAAGGCCUCGGCACCCUAUAACCACCAUGGCAGCCGAGAUUCGGGCCCUCCGCCCUCUACAGUGAGUGAAGCAGAAUUUGAAGAGAUCAUGAAGCGGAACAGAGCAAUUUCCAGCAGUGCCAUUUCCAAAGCUGUAUCUGGAGCCAGUGCAGGGGAUUACAGUGACGCGAUUGAGACGCUGCUCACAGCCAUUGCUGUUAUCAAACAGUCCCGGGUCGCCAAUGAUGAGCGUUGCCGUGUCCUCAUCUCCUCUCUUAAGGACUGUCUUCAUGGCAUUGAAGCCAAGUCUUACAGUGUGGGUGCCAGCGGGAGCUCAUCCAGGAAAAGACAUCGGUCCCGAGAGAGGUCACCAAGCCGGUCCCGGGAAAGCAGCAGGAGGCAUCGGGACCUGCUUCAUAAUGAAGAUCGUCAUGAUGAUUAUUUCCAAGAAAGGAACCGAGAGCACGAGAGACACCGGGAUAGAGAACGGGACCGGCACCACUGAGAAAGGAGUCUGGUUGGAAGCAAAUGUUUUUUUAAUGGACUUGCAUCUCCUCACCUUGAUCAGGACUAAAGGACGGAGGCCGCUCCACCCCUUCCCCUUCCUCCAAGCCCCUAACCCCUUCCAGACACCCACAGGGAAUACCCUCUGCCCUACAAGAUUGAAGAUUGCCUGGCAGCCCUCCCAGUCCCACUCCUGUUUGCCAGGGUAAAGAACCUAAAGACUUCAUGUGGUUGGGAGGGCGGCAGACAGGAAGAAACCAUGUCCAGGUCCCUGGUCUCCAUAGAGAACGGUGCUUUGUUCAAGGAAACGUAUGAGUUUCUGAUUCUCCAGGAGCAGUUCAGUGGUGAGGUUGAUGGGAAGACAUCCUUCCCAGAGAAAACGGAUCCUACCUGUGGGAUCUAGAAGAGUGACUGGGUGUGCCAAAAUAUGCCCAGGGUCCUGCCCUCAGCACUAGGUUUGAUGGGGCGAAGAGGGUCCAAACCCCUUGCUAACAUACCACUUCUUUAACUACUUUACCUGCCCAGCCCUUUGAGGAGGGACCAUGAGAACAGAAAUUACUUUAUGGAAAGCUUCUCCUGUUCUUGCUUUUCCCUCUUACUUAUUGACGGUUUGUUUCCCUGACCUCCCAGUGGGCUAAAGCCCUUUUAACUCCCUGCUGCCCAGCCUGCUCAGUGGUCUUGCCCCUCCUAAGCAGAGAAGGCCCGUGAGGUUGCUUUCUGCUGGGGAGCCUGGCAGAGCCAAUUACCACCCUCUACUGCUUCUUGCUUGGUUGCCUCUUGCUCUAACCAGCUCCACUAGAUGUUCCCUUUCCCUGGGGCUUUUCCAUUUCACAUGUGGAGCCCUAACCCCAAGAAGGCUGCUUCCUUGUUUUAGAGGAAGGUACUGCCGUUGGGAGUCGGGGACAUCGGACCUCAGCAGUGAAGAACCCUUGUGAAAUACUAGGAGUGGGGAGGGAGGCAAGUUGGGCAGGAUAUGGCCUACUUCCAUAGGCUUUUCUUUUUUCAGGUUUGAUGUGAGCAUGGGCUUGCAUCCUCCAGGUACAUACUUAUACUUACUGUGGGAUAACCUGGCACUAGUAGGUAGAGUCACAAAUUUGGUAUUUUUUCACCUUUUGAAUUUUGACUUAAUAGCUCCCCUCGCUCUGCCUGGAGGUACUUGCUGCCUCUGAUAAGGAGCAAGGAGGAAGUGGGGCCUGACUUUAAUGAGCUCAGCUCAGAAUUCUAAGGACCACCACUCUGGGGGCUGUUUUCUACACAGGCAAAUGGAAUUGCUUUUCCCAGAACAUCCAAAUUGUGAGGCGACUGCUGCUGAAAGAAGCAGCAGCAACAGGGUCCUGCGGUACCCAUGGGGCGACAGAUGCUGCUUCCGGGUGCGUCUGUAGGGCACGUGACAUCGAACAGGAAACGUGGCACGUGGGAUGUAGGGUCGCUGGAGACCCUUCUGGCUCAGAGGGGAGAGACAGCUGGACCGAAGCCUUGCUCUGUUCCCUGCACGUUUCUGACAUAGCCCUUGCUCAGUCACUGAGGGAGUCCCCCAGGGUUGGAGAGGCACAUUCCCUUGGGACAGAGGCUACAGGUUUGUAGCUUUUUUCCCCCUGUCCCCCAACCCCAUCCCCACCUCCACUUCAGAAUAUGGCACCCCGCCCAGCCGGCCAAGCGUUAAGUGAUGUGCUUAUCCUCAAGAGCAGCUCCGGGUGUCUUUUUAAUGUAGAGAAAACCAAGUAAGGUGACAGUUUAAGGAGAAAAAAAUAUAUAGAAUACCAGAAAAGCCGUUUACCCGGAGAAUUUUUUUCUCCCCAUUUUUGUUUUGUUUUUACUCAGUGACACAAUUUUUAGUUUUAUUUCCUGAUAGCAAAAGGAAAAAAACCCAACCCUCAAAAAGGCCAAGGCCCCGUCCCCCUGUUGUUGGUGAUUUGUUUGUCUUUCUGAUAGGUUGAAAAUUGUGUAAUAAACUUGAUGACACUGUCAA